AUGGAUGUUUAUUCCUGCGGUUUAUGGAUGUUUAUUCCUGCUGUGUAUAGAUGUUUGUUUCUGUUGUGUAUGGAUGUUUGUUCUUGUUGUGUAUGGAUGUUUGUUCCUGUUGUGUAUGGAUGUUUGUUCCUGUUGUGUAUGAAUGUUUGUUUCUGUUGUGUAUGGAUGUUUGUUCCUGUUGUGUAUGGAUGCUUGCUCCUGUUGUUUUGUAUGGAUGUUUGUUUUUGUUGUGUAUAG